AUGUGGGAAAUUUACAAAGCUAAAGACCGGGGAAGGGGGGCGGGGGGAGGCCUUUCCGCCCAGCGUGAAGCUUCUUCAGCCAGCCCCGGCGGAUCUAAGUCUAUGAAUAAGACUCCAGCGAGUUUUGUUGCCUACACCCAGGUAUCGAUUAUUAAUUUACGCAUCCGCGGCCCUCUGGCACCCUCCGAGGGCUGUGCUGAGCGGGUCACCAGCCCUCCGACGUCGAGCGGCCGGGCUCUCACGCGCACAACUUCCGAGCAGGCCGAGGGCCCGGGCUCCGCGAGCACGCAGCCCGGAGAGCCGCGCGGGGGGGACCCGGCUCCCCGACCUUCCCCUGCGCCUCGCCCGGCGGCCGGGGGCAGCCCCGGCUCCCGGGAGGCCGCGGCCCCGGCACCCCCAGCCCUCCGCAACUUUCCCUCCGCUCGUGCCCGCCUCUCCUCCGGGACCGGGGCCUGUCGGGCGCCCUCCCGCCCGCCCUCCCUUUCCCCCCCGCCCCGACCCCGGGCGGGCGGCCGGCCGGCCGGCCUCGGGCCGCGGCGCCUCCUCCUAAAAUGGCAGGUCCCUCCCUCCGCCCGACCGGCCUCGGCGCGGGCCGCGGCUGCAGGCCGCAGGGGGGGAAGCCGGGCCGCCGGGCGCCGGGCGGGGCCGCGGCCGGACACUCACCGGGACGAUAGCGGGGCGCUCGCGCCGUUCCCUCCGGUGAGUCUCUGCCGCCGGCUUCCCGCCGCCGAAGCUGCUGCGCCCCCGCCGCGGCCUCCGCCGCCAGCGCCGCCCCGGCCGCCUCUCUCUCCGCCCCCGGCGCUCCCGGCUCCGCGGCCUCCGAGCCGCAGCCUCCUCAGGUCUCGCUGCCCGGCUCGCGGGUCUGAGCGGCGCCCGGUGGGGCGGGGGUGUGUGUGGAGGCCGGGGAGGCGGCAGCCCCCCUCCCCGGCAAAUACCGCAGUCCCCGGACCCCGAGCCCCGCGGCGCGGCGGGGGCCGCGCGGCCCGGCCCGGCCCGGCGCGGAGGGCGGCGGCGGCGGCGAGGCCGGGCGCCCAGUCGCGGCCGCCGCCGGCGGCGGCUUCUUCUUCCCCGAGGUGGAUUUUGUAA